AUGAGUGUGCGUGGGGAGGAGGAUAUGGUGCUCAGCACAAGUGUGCUGCGGCUCCCACGGCAGUAUGACGCAUCCGACUUCCUGCAGGCGUGUUCACUCAAAGAGCAGUAUCGGAUUCUUGCAAGCAUCUGUCGUAGUGAGAGCCACCACCCGUUGCGGUGUUCAGCAGGCGACGGCGGCAGCAACAGCAGCAGCACACGCCGCGGCGACGGUUGCGUGAAUGCCACCGAGAAAGCUGAGCAGCAGCAGCAGCAGCAGCAUGAUGGCGUCUCCGACGUUUAUUACUCCGCUCGCCUGCUUGCCUUCAUAAGUGGUUGUGGGCAAGAAACAGGGACGCUGAAUGUGCUCAAGAAGGAGCACCUCCGGCAACAUCGGCAGAGGGAGCAGGAAGAAGCCGAGGCGGCCGAGCGCGCACGACUUGCGCAAGAAGCAGCAGCAGCGGCAGAAGCGGACGGAGAGGAAGCGGCCAACCAGGAGAUUUGGUACGACGAAGAGGGUGGCUACUACUACGACAGCUAUGGCUACUACGAUGAGGAAGGGAACUAUUACUACUUUGAAGGAGCGGAUCCGGGAGAGCAGGCGGGACAAGAGGUGGAGGUGGCAAACAAAGAAACUGGUGCACAAGCCCAGGAAGCAGAAAGCGAAGGUGUGGCGUGUGAAUUUCAAGGCGAGUCGGAAGCGGAGCCGCCCUCGUGUUGCGAAGAUGCCUUUGCGACUGAAUUGUCUCACAGCGUGAGCGAUGACGCGGAGGCGGAGUUGGUAACGACUCUUCGCGUUGUGCCAGAUGAAAGUCGACUGGCGCUGCCGCCCUUAUUUCGUGGCGUCUGCGCCUUGGAGCGUGCUUUCCAAGUUCUUGAACAGUCGUUCCCUUCUGUGAAUGCGUUUCUGCGAGACAAUGGGCUCUUUCCCUCCGUUCCGGUCUGCGGCGUUGCCAACUCAGGCACCGCUAGGGUGGAAGCUGUUGAGAAGGUGCGCCCCGAAUGCAUUCAUGUUGUCGCCAGCAGGCAACAUUUACAUAUUGUGUAUGUGCCAACCCCCUUUGCUAAUGGGCGAGGGCAGCACGCAGAGGACGAGGCGAGGGAGAAGUUGGACGCCGUGGCACCCUUGCUGGACCCCACAACGCAGGCUGGCGUCCUCGUGUCUGUUCCCCUACAGAACUGGGGUGGCAACUACACCACCUGCUACGGAGGUUUGGGUGAUGGGCGAGUGUUGCUUGAGGUGCAUGCGGCCCCAGCGGAAGAAGCGGGAACAGCCGUCGACGGAACUGGAAUGACGCUGUCAAUGAUUUUUGGGGUUUCUCCUGAUGCGCCGUUUCGCGCUGCACCGCUGGCAUACCGCCUCGUUGCAUGCUACGAGCAGCGCGUGCUGCACCACCUGGCAAAAAGUGGAGGCAAGCUGGACGAUCUGCUCCUUGCCAAAUUUGGGAACGAAAAUGGCGGCAGCCCCUGCGCAUCCGAUGCCCUGCGGCCGCUGUUUGGCUAUUCCGCCUUGCUGCUUGGCGGGGAUGCUGAGAACAAGUCUUGCAGUACUAACGGCGCCAAAUGUAUGGACGAGCUCGUGUAUCAUGAGGCGAGCAACUCCGUGUUUUUGAACAAAGAACGCGAGAAGAAGGAGCAGGAGGAACGGCAAUGGGAGGAGGCCCUUUACCUCGCCCGAAACCUGGAGCCGCCCCACUGGCGGUUUCUGCGUGAGGCACUCGAAAAGGUGCAGCAGCAGGAAGUUGAGGAGCGUGAAAAAUUAAUCGCGGAUGCGUGGGCGCGUUACCGGGGGGGCCACCAGCUUUCCUUUCACGGCAUUGCCUUCGUUAUGCUGCCGUUUCUGCGGACGCAGGAAGUGUCUAUGGCGGAACUUAAGGAAACCGAACAACGUGAGUGGGAGCGACUUCUGCAGCGAUUUUCGGACCGCCACCGCCGGCUUUCUGCCGAAGAAACAAGACGCCGACUGGACGAGCAGUUUGCAUUUGAGCGGCGUCUACAACUGCUGCAGUGUUCCGUUGGCUUUGAUGUCCUUGUGGAGCGAGAAAAGGCAAUGCGUGCGAUGGUAGAGCGCGAUGAGGUGCUAGAGCGGCACGGCGGUGAACUGCAGGAAUGCUUGCUUGCCUUGCUGAUCUGCAGGCGCACGGAAGAUGCUCGUCAGACGACGCCUGUGAAGGAAGAGAGCGUCCUCGUUGCCGCUGGCUGCGGGGAAAAGGGGGCGCUGACACAAACGGAGGAACGGCUUGGGCGAGCGGUGAGCCGCUCGCAGGACUCGCAGCAGCCGCGACACGCCUUGAGUCACUCCAUGCAGUCACCGACAACCGAGGAUUUCAUGCGGAUGUUGGCGCAUGGCCGCCGCGGCUCCCCUGCCCUUUUGCCUCACGCAGCCACCGCGGCAACUUUAACUUUCCACGGCGUGAUGCCGAGGUGA